AUGACAUCAAAACUUUUGAUACCACCCACUUCAGUUGAUCGUCUGUGUUCACAUUUCAGAGCCAUAGCAAAAGUAGAUAGAUAAAUUUAAUAGUAGUAACUUAAAAAAACAACUCAGAAAAUUAAAGAGAUAAAAUAGCUAUGGCAUAAUAUAAUUACGAUUUACUUUCUAAAAAUUUAAUUACGUAUAUCAGUGAUUUUAUUUAUGUGUAAAAUUAGGCAUUGUAAAAUUAUGAAGCGUUUUCCUAUUCUGAUUGGAACGAUACCAUUAUAUUUUCCUUGUUCUGCAUCACAAUAUUAUAUCCAAUUCUUCAAUCUCAUAUACGAAAAAAUCUGUGAUAAUACUAGUUCCAACGCCAAUGCCAACAUCGGAAUAAUCAAAUGCAUCAUACCUUGCGGCAAGAGACCAUCUAUUAGUAGUCAUCGUCAUACAAAGAAUGUCUGAAACUCAUGAUACGAGAAUAAAAUGAAUCUUAGUACGUGCUAAGUGGGAUUACUGCGGUUAAAUAUAUUAUGUGUAUGUCUAUUCAACAUCAGGUGAAAUUAAGAAUUUAUUACGAAAUGAUUAAAGUGAUUUGAUCCUAGAGUAAAUUUUCAGUUAAAUAUUUCUUUUCCAGGUAUAAAUAGAUGAAUGGAAGAUUACAGUGAGUCAAUAGAUCGAUCACUAUAUGUACCUGAAUCAUUCAUUUGUAAGCCAAUCUCUGAAAGUCUCAACAAUUUUUCGUAUUAUUAUAUUUUGAUACAAAUUAAUGGCUUAUUUUUAUACGUUCAUACUUUACUACUUUGUGUAUUAUAUGUAAUAUACGCAUAUUUGUAUGUUAAUAAAGAAAGAAAAUCUUUCUUUCGUGCCAUGGAAUGGAAUAAACAUUGUCUUAUUGAAAUCUGAAGGCAUAAGGGAAAAGCAACAGUUUUACGAAAAUGAUAUAUUUACACAAUUUAUUUUUAUAUCUCAACAUUGUCAUAUUGUAAUCAUAAUCAUCAUCGAGUCACAUAAUAAUUAGCAAAAGAAAAAAAAAGUAAACGUCGAAUAUCGAUAAAAAGAUGAACGAGGAAAAUUUUAGGUCAAAAAGUAGCAGUACAAAAGGAAUGAGAGAUUCGUCGGUAAAAUUGGGAAAACCAAUAGAUCGCAAAUCGGUUCAUUCUUAAAAAGGUUUAAAUAAAAAAAAAAAGGAGUAAAAAACUUGUAAUAGCUUUUGAACGCGUCUACUCAUGUAACCUAAUUGGUUAAGAAUAUGGAGGAAAACUUAUCAACAAGUUGCAAUCAUUUCGAAUCAUCAUUCGUAUAACAGAUUCUACUCUAUAGUGUAUACAUUUCAUCUUCAUGAUUGUAAAUAUACACGGUACGAUUCGCAUUUUAAUCACCAAAUGCCCGAUAAACGUGUCAUUGUAGGAACUGAAUCCAACCAUCUUACAAUAUUAAAGGCUGUCUUAAAUACUGUGAACAGACACGGUCAUUCUUUUUUCCUUACUUCUGGAGUAUAGUUUGCUAUCGGAUGACUGUGAAAACUUUUUUUCCAGCUUUACCCUUGUUCAGAGAAUAAAAUGAGUAAAAAUAUUUAUAUAUGAUCGAAUGUACUUCGAAAAAAACCAUACAAUAUAAUGAAGGUUGGACAGGAUCAAUUCCAAUUAUACCUUUAUAGGACGAUGUUCAUUGCAGCUGGUCCCACUACGUGCAUUCAUGUGUCAUUUAUAGUUAGAACAAUCGUUGAUGUCGAAUACAUUCAUUAAUAUAGUAAAAAAAAAAAUAUGAAUUUUGUUGCUUUCAAAAAAUCAUAUAAUUAUGAUAAUGUUCAUAGGAACAUCCGAUGCAAUAAAAAAAAAAAAAAUCAGAAAAAAUUGUG